ACUUCACAUACCUCGGCCCACUAAUCUCUCUCUUUCUCUCUCUCCCGACUCCGUCGAUCUAUUCCAGUCCUCCCCGACUCCUCCACCGCGGUCUCCAAAACCCAAUGGCGUCGCCUCGCCGCCGCUCCCUCCCGCUCCCGCUCCUCCUCCUCAUCUUCCCCGUCUCCCUGUCCGUCCUCCUCCUGCUCCGCCGCUCCUCUCAAACCGCACCGCUCCUCCCCACCGACAGCACAGGCCCCGCCCCGGACCCGCGCCACUUCUCCCUCCUCAUCAAACUCCUCGCCUACGACCGCCCCGCCCCUCUCCUCCGCUGCCUCCGCUCCCUUGCGGCCGCCGACUACGCCGGCGACCGCGUCGCGCUGCACGUCCUCCUUGACCACCGCCCGCCCAACUCGUCCGCCGCUCUCCUUGCUGCGUCCCACGAGAUCCUCACCGCGGUCGACGCCUUCCGCUGGCCGCACGGGGAGAAAAGCGUGCACUACCGCACCGCCAAUGCGGGGCUCCAGGCGCAGUGGAUCGAGGCUUGGUGGCCCGGCUCUGACGACGAGUUCGCCUUUGUCGUCGAGGAUGACCUCGAGGUCUCACCACUCUACUACGGGUUUCUUAAGCGGGUGGUCAUGAGGUACUACUACGACAGGGAGAACUACAGUCCAUAUGUGUUCGGCGCGUCACUGCAGCGCCCCCGCUUCGUCGCAGGUAAACAUGGAAACAAGAUACAGCUGGACAGUCAGACUAGGCUUUUCUUGUACCAGAUGGUUGGUACAUGGGGCCAACUUCUCUUUCCCAAACCAUGGAAAGAAUUUCGGUUAUGGUAUGAUGAACAGAAAGCCAAAGGAGCCAAACCUAUUCUCCAAGGCAUGAAAACUACAGGAUGGUACAAAAAGAUGGGCGAGAGAAUAUGGACCCCUUGGUUCAUAAAGUUUGUCCACUCGCGUGGGUACUUCAACAUCUACACAAACUUCCUGAAGGAAAGGGCUCUCAGCAUCUCUCAUAGGGAUGCAGGUGUGAACUAUGGAAGAAGUGUUGGGCCAGAUUCUACAUUGCUAGAUGGGAACAAUCUUGAUUUCAAUAUAAGGGAAUUGCAGCCUCUAAAGAAGCUAAAAUGGUACGAUUUCUGCUUUGCUGAAAUUCUUCCAGGAAGGGUUGUUAGCAAAUAUAGUGAACUUGGUUCUGUGCUCAAGUCUGUGCAACUAGAAAACAGUGUUGUACUCAUAAGUCUGCACUCAGUAGAACAUAGGAUCAUGAGAAACUUGAUUUGCCACCUUGAGAAGGCAGGCAUGCGAAACUACAUUUUCCUUGGUGACAAUUCAGAGUUUCUGGAUGACCUUGCUCAUAGAGGACAUGCUGUCAUUGAUGCUAUUGGGUUACUACAGAGCAUCACAAUGAGUAGUUCUAUGAAUUCUGAUGGUUUUAUUAUGGAAAUAUUGGCAAAAUCUUAUGUGAUACAAAGUUGCUUAGACUUGGGAUACAAUCUAUGGAUGCUAAACGGAAAUAUGAUUCCACUUGGCAGUAAAUUAAUCGAGCCAUCAGAUCAAUCUGUUGAUUUUUUUGCUGCGGACUCCAUGGAUUUGAUGUUUAUAAGAAGCUCACAAGGCUCUAAAAAAACAUGGAAUGAACGUAUUAUGUCAAGUGUGGCUGGCAGUGUGAUGUCUUCAAAAGGUGGUUUUGCUGCUUCCCUUAAACAUUUGAAUUUUGUUGAUAUACUUACCGGAGUGUUGGAAAACAAUGGUGACGCGAGGCUGGCGAAACUGAAUGAGGGGAUAAUGGCUGUGGAAUUAGAGCCUAACAUAUCGAACAAAUCACUGUCAGAUGGUCAAAGUAAAGUGCUUUUCUGGUCUCACAAUAUGGCUUCAAAUUCAGUUCAAAGGCAACUCAGAAAUGUGGAUUUGUGGUUAAUUGACUCAGAUUUGUCUUGUGGUGCCGUCGUUUGUAGCCAAAAGCAGAACUAGCCUUUGUUAUCUUUCACAUGGUCUUCUGUCAACAUUGACCUCAUUAAAUGAAUCCAAUGUGAUAUCAUUUGUGGUUAAUUUAUGAGAUGCAGACUUGCCACCGGCACUUACCCAAGAAAUCUUGGUAGCAUUUAUCCUUGGAUGCAUCGGCCACUUUUUGUGAUUUUCCUGGCCUUCAAUUCUCUCCGGAACUCUGCAACAAAAUGGUACUGAUGUUGAUAACAGUUGGUCUUGGGAGCCACAUAUACAAUCCUUUUGGAGCCUUGACGUGUUGAUCAUUCUGGUUGUUUGGUGAGGUUGAAGUAUUCAGUUAGCUAUGCUGCUAGUUCUCAUCCACUGGUGCAGUUUUGGAGAUGGUUGUUCCCAUGCUGUGCUCCCUGUGGAUAACAAUGUCUCAACUACAAUUCUCCCAGUCCUUGGACAUUGGGAACUGGACUUGAACUUGCGACCAAUGCUCACUAUCGGCUCACAACUGAAACAGAUGUAGAAAGUGUGUAUCUGAAGAGAAACUGUCAGAUGCGGUUGGUGGUGGUGCCUAUUUGUCACUGGCAGAGGUAAUAUCAGCAAGGUAAAGCGGGGAUAUUCAACUUUAAAGUGGUUAGAUGAAUUUGAGUAUACAUCAUCGAUCGGAAGAGACUUCCCAACCAAAGUUGAAAACUCCUAGUAGCAUCUUCCACUUGAACAAGGUAGGAUUACCUGUCACUUGAUCCAACUUGGAAUGCAAGCUAAGCAUGUAGGUAUGACAAAGGAGAGCAUGGAUAAUGACAUCCAAAUUGCCCAAUGUAGGUAUAAAAACAUGUAUAUGUUCAAAUAUCAUUACUGGCUGAGAUGGCCACAUGAGUGUGAUGUCUGUUCUGCAGGCUACCUUAUUCCCAUGGAUGGAACAAGUUGUACUCAACAGCGCAAUCGUGUUAAGUAGCAAAUCGUUUGUUUCUUUGCUUAUUGCGUAGCCCAUGUGUGGUAGCAUCUCCACAGUCAUAGAAGUGAAAAGUGCAAGCACCUACUAGUUGUAUGUCCUAGUAGAAGUGAAAAAUGACAAGCACCUAAUGGUACCAUGUCCUAGGAACACGCCUCAUUAGGAUCUCCGUUGGAGCAUCUAGGAUAUUAUUGCUAGCCUGAACAUUAAUGUCUGUAAACAGAUAUGUCUGUUAGAGAAUCAGCCAAGUGUUGCUAUCCUAUUAUGAUGUUAAACUCUUAA